AUGACCAAGUUCAAGAGCCUCCGCAUCGGUCACGCUGGUAGCAAGCACCAACGUCGGGAUGAUUGCUCCACCGGUGGUCUGUACAAGUCACCCACCAAGGGUCAAACCGUCGAUGCUACGCAGGCUCUCAGCGUCAGCUGGGACGCAUCCUGCUUCUCCUCGGAUGUCAACCUCUAUCUUUACGGUUACGGCGUAACUGGCAACACCCUCCUUCAGACUUGGAAGGGCAUCCCCGCCUCCAGCGGAAGCCACUCCGUCAAUCUCAACCCUUCCUGGUGGAACAACAACAGCACCGCCAGCCUGCAGUUCACCAUCGCCCCCUCCGAUACUCUUAUCUUCUUGAUCGACACCCCCGCUGGUCCCGUCUUUACGGCCACCUACUCUGGAACGGCCACCAGUGCGGCGGCCAGCCAGAACACUGCCGCGGUCGGCGCCGUUCAGCAGGUCGCGUCCGGUGCUAAGGAGAACCACAGUACCUCCAAGGGCGGCGUCGCCGCCGCAGUCCUAGUCCCCCUUCUCCUCCUCAUCGGUCUUGCCGUCGCAGCCUACAUCCGGAUCGCGCGCCAGAAGCGCAAGGAGAAGCAGAAGCGGUUCAGCGAGAUGGUCGACAAGCGCAUGUCCACCAUCUCCACCGACUGGAAGUCCCUCUCCGGCGCCGGUGCAAACGCUGCCAUCCGCAAUAGCAUGGCUGUCUCCGGCAACCGCGCGUCCUCCUUCUCGUUCGGUGGCAUCCGCCCCUCGUCGACGGUCGCGGAGGACGGUGGUCAUGCUGGCGUUGGAGCUGCUGGUGGUAUGCCUGGCGAGGCUCCCGCGAUGUCCCAACUCCGUCCUGGCCUCCGCACCUCUGCCUUCGAAAAUCGCACGUCUCGCGUCUCCUUCGCCGCCGACACCCGCCCGUCGUCGGAGUACCGUCGCACCCGCGCUUUCCACACUGGUUACGUCCCGCCCCUCCCUGAGCGCGAGGCUUCUACCGAAAGCUCGAGCAACGCGUCGCCGAUCCUGUCGCCCGUUCAGACUGCUGGUGCUCUUUCGCUCACCCCCGAAGACAUCCGCUCCCGCAUGGCCGGCCAGGAGGCUCGUCCGAGCAUCGAUGAGGUCAUGCCCGCGUUGACGAUGAUGCGCACCGGUGCCGGCGAGCUCCUCUUCGACUCACAAAUCCCCACUCCUCCCACUCCUACCUACCAAACUGCCCACACCCCCAAGUCGCCAGUCAUGGGUGUGAUGCCGAUGCAGCCCAUGCCCGCUAGCGUAAUGUCUCCCGACGACAUGCUGCGCGCUUACGCCGAACGCCGUGCAAUGGGCGGCGCUGCUCCCUCUGGCACCCCGGCCCCGGCCGCAAACUACAACGGCAACGGCAUGCGCGUUCUUUACUCGCCUGAGACCGCUGCCCCCUCGUCGCCGGACUCUUUCUACCCGGCCUCUACCGCGCCCACCCGCAAGAGCUUCGCGCCGACGGAGCACAGCAAGUACGACGAGGACGAGGAGGAUGCAUACGGUGGCACUGCCCAGUAA